AUGCGAGCCUCUACAAUUGCUGCUACAUUUAUUGUGGCUGUGAUUUCCGCAAAAGCACAGCGUGUCUAUGUAGAUGACUAUGAGAAAAGACACACUGUAUCCGGAAAACCUAAGAUUGUCACGUUUGCUCAUACAGCAGUAUCAUUGUUUGAUUAUGGCCUUACAACCGACCAACUGAUAGGAACCUAUGGCGAAUACGUCAUCGAGAAAUCUGAUACUGAUUUCAAUUCACCUGAACAGACUUAUUCUAUAUUCUACAUUUCAUGUCAAACAUGUGAUGUUGUUUGUACUUGGUAA